UGAGGGCAGGGGUUCCCCACGCCGGUCCCUCCAGUCCAGCCUCUGGGGUUUUACCUUUUGGGGCUCGGGACCCCCCGGCUUUAGGGAGUUACUUUUUGGGGCUCCGCCCCCCACCCCCGGCUCUAUGGUGGGGCUGAUUAAUCCUCGUUUUCUCAAUUAAAUCCCCGUUAGAAGCGAGCAGUGGAUUCACGUUUUGAAAGGCAACCGGAUUUGUGGGGGUUCAUGCCUGUCUUUAUUUUGGGCUGCUCGGGGCAGGGUGACCCGGGGCAGGGUGACCCGGCACAGCCCCCGUGAUGUCCCCGUUCCUCCCCCCCGGCGCGUCCCAGCCAAAGUUCUGCCCCGUUUGUGCUGACUCGGCCCCGCCGUGCGGAAACGGCUCCCGCCCCACCUUCCCGUGCUGUCCCGGUCCCGCCCGGGCUCAUCCUGCCGCUGCCGGGCGUGCGGCAGUGCCGUGUGCCCCCCGUGUCCCCCCGUCCCUCUCCAGCAUGUGGCUGCUGCUCGUCCUGCUGCUGCCGCCCGCGGUCCUGCCCGCCCAGCCCUGCGAGCCCCCCCCGGGGCCGGCGGGGGCCGUGCGGGCGCUGAGUGCGCGGCUGCUGGGGCUGGCGGGGGACCCCACGCGGGACCCCGACCCUGCCGUGUACCUGGGGCUGCGCCUGGGCCGGGAGCACGACCUGCAGCAGGAACAGCGCUACCUGGAGAGGCUGCACCGCGCCUUCCAGCACCCCUACGGCAGGUGGGACAUGAGGGGGACACCGGCACCCCCACAGGGACACCGGGGCUCCCCACAGCGGCCGCAGACGGGGCGGCUGGCGCUGUACCUGCUGGGGCUGAGGGCCACCUGUCCCCCACCCAAACCCCACCGGGCGCUGGUGACGUGGCUCAAGUACUACCUGGAAGAGGACUGGAGGGGCUCCCAGCGGCACGGCCGCCCCCUCACCAGUCACUACCAGUACGGGCUGGGCGUGCUGGCGCUGUGUGUGCACCACAAGCGGGUGCGGGAGGAGGUGAUCCGCCGGCUCCUGGCGGCACAGCACCAUGGCCGGCUCGGGCACAGCGCCGUGGACACAGAGGCCGUGCUGGCACUGGCCCUCACCUGCCUGGAGCGCAGGAGGCUGGUGGGGGCCGGGCUGGCGGCCGAGCUCCGGGCCACCGUGCACAGGGUGAGCAGGAGCAUGGCCCAGGCUCAGGGACCCGACGGCAUCAUCGGCAACAUCUACAGCACCCCCUGGGCCCUGCAGGUGUUCCUGGCCACAGGCAUGUGCCACACGGAGCCAGCGUACAGCCGGGCCAUGGCUGCGCUGCUGGAGAACCUGGACGCCUUCGGCACAGCCGCCACCAUGGCCCAGGUGCUGCCGGUGCUGCACGGCCACUCCUACCUGGACAUCGCCUCCAUGAGCUGCCAGGAGGAGCUGGACACACUGACACCCCUCGACAUGGAGCCCCUGGCUGAGGUGCCGGGGAACAAGACGGUGCGGCUGGUGGUGGAGUGUGCCCAGCCCUGGUGUUUCGACCUGCAGCUCUAUGACCGGCAGGUGUCCACGCCCGCCGCCGCCUCUCUGCUGGAUGUGCUCUGGGCAGCCAGUGCACAGGAUCCCCACUUCACGUUUGACACCCAGGACACCUCCCAGGGCCCCUACCUGAACCAGGUGCUGGGGCUGGAGGCCCGGCAGGAGAAGCGGAACUACUGGCAGCUCCUGACAGCCCCCAGCACACCCCUGCUGACGAGUAUCGCCGACUACAUUCCCCGCGAUGGGGAGACCCUCAUCCUGCGCCUCAGCGAGUGGUAGAGGGUGGGAAGAGAUGGCAAUGAAACCUCCACUGUGGGCACAGGA